AUGGCAGACAUUGCUGUCAGUUUCUUGUUGGAAAAAUUAUCUGGGCAAUUUCUACAAGAAUACAAUUUGCCUAGUGAUGUAAAGCAGAACAUCAAGUUGCUUCAAAAUCAGAUGGAAACAUUGAAUGCUCUCCUUAAGGACUCAAAGCAAAAGCUAAACAAUGACCAACUCCUAGAGGCUGUUCAUGAAGCUGAGGAUGUGAUCGACACUUACAUCUGCAACCUUAAUCGGCAAAGAAUCAAACGGUGGUGGGAUUUGACCAAUUACGGGGAGGUACAGUCAAUGAUGGAGACAAAGAUGGAUACUGAGGUUGUUUUGAAGGACCGUAGGAGAAAUGUUGAGAAAGAUGAUGUGGUUGGCUUUAAUGUCUACUCAGAUGCUAUGAUCGAGCGACUUAGGGGUGGGCAUAAAGAGCGUAAGGUCGUCUCCAUCAUCGGUACGGGUGGGCAGGGAAAAACCACUCUUGCUAGAAAGAUUUAUCAAAAUAAUCAGCUCAAGAGAUGUUUUGAUAAGUUUGCAUGGGUUGAUGUUUUAGAAGAUUGGAAAAUUGAAGCAAUAUUACUCUUUCUCUUGGCUCAAGUGGGAUCAAGUAGUUAUCAUGGAAUAGGCAUAGAAAAUCUAAGGCAAGCGAUCCAAAAAGAAUUGGACGAUGGUUAUUUCCAAAAUAUGAGUACGGAGAAUUUGUUAAAGAAAAAAAAUCCGUGAAAGCUUAAGGAAAAAGCCAUAUUUUGUUGUUCUUGAUGACAUAUGGAGACCUGAAGUAUGGCAUGCUAUAAAUGAUGCUUUUCCUGAUGACAAA